CCGCGCGCCCGCCGCUUCCAGUCGCUGGCCCGGCUUGGAGGCGCCGGGGGCGGUUGCUAUGGCGCCCGUUGCCGCGGUGACGAGAUGGCGGCUGCUGCUGGUGCUGAGCGCCGCUGGGCUCGGGGCCGUGGGCGCCCCGAAGCCCCCCAACAUCCUGCUCCUGCUCAUGGAUGACGCUUAUCCUCCAUCCUUCCUGUGGCCACACCUUCCUCCAGGGGCUUAUUCCAUGCUGGCGCCUGUGGUCACCAAACAGAACAGCCAUUUCAGAGACUUCAGAAUAAACCACACCAGGAGGAAUUCAGAGCUGAAAGGCCAGAGGGACCGCCUGCUGGCUGACUCAGGAGAGCGGUCCGGGCCUGCAGGCUGCCUGCACUUUUCUGAUAGCUGUGUGGGGACAUCGUGCAGGCUGCAGGCCGCUCACUGGCUUAGAUGGGCAGGUCCGUGGGGUCUCGUGGGCUCAGCGCACUGUGCGGCCACCACAGUCCACUUCAGGCCGUGUCCGUCGGCCCAAGAAGAAGCCCCGUGCCCCUUGGCAGGCACCUGCCUCCCCUCCCCCAGCUCCCACGAUCCACCUCCCAACCCUCUGGCCCUGCCUGUUUUGGCCCUUCACGGAAAUGGAACCCCACGGCACGCGGUCCUCAUGUCUGGUCCUGGCCCACAGCGUCCUGAUUCCCUGCGAGUCGAUGCUGCGCUCCCCCCAGCCCAGCGGCGUUCAGUGCACGUCUGCUGCUUCCUGGGGGGCUGGGGCCUUAGCAGGGCCCUGAGAAUCAUGUUGGCGACAGAACAGCAGUUCAGAGUCUGGGCCUGGCUGGUCUGGGGUCCCGAGGAGUGCCAUCCACGGCCCAUGGAGGGAUCUUGUCCUCACGCAGGCUCUCCCCGUACAGCUGAUGGUCCCAGAGGUGGUAGCAACGGCCCCUUUCUGUGCGGGAAGCAGACCACGUUUGAAGGUGGGAUGCGGGAGCCUGCGAUCGCGUGGUGGCCUGGGAAAAUCCCUGCAGGCCAGGUGAGCCACCAGCUGGGUAGCGUCAUGGACCUCUUCACCACCAGCCUGUCCCUCGCAGGCCUGGCGCCGCCCAGUGACAGGGUGAUCGACGGCUUGGACCUGCUCCCCGCCAUGCUCUGGGGCCAGCUGACAGACAGGCCAAUAUUCUAUUACCGCGGCAACACGCUGAUGGCGGUCACCCUUGGCCAGUACAAGGCCCAUUUCUGGACCUGGACCAAUUCCUGGGAGGAGUUCAGACAGGGUGUUGAUUUCUGCCCUGGGCAGAAUGUCUCUGGAGUCACCACCCACACACAGGAGGAGCACACAAAGCUGCCCCUGAUCUUCCACCUGGGACGAGACCCGGGGGAGAGGUACCCCCUCAGCUUUGCCAGCCCCGAGUACCUGGAUGCCCUUCGCAGGGUCACCUUGGUCGUCCGGCAGCAUCAGAAGACCUUGGUCCCUGGACAGCCCCAGCUCAACAUGUGCAACCAGGCCGUCAUGAACUGGGCGCCCCCAGGCUGUGAAAAGUUAGGGAAGUGCCUGACGCCCCCGGAGUCCAGACCGGAGAAGUGCUCCUGGCCCCACUAAUACCUGCAGGCGGGAGGACUCUGCCUCAGGGCUCCCGCGCCGGAGGAGCCCCGCUGCCCUCUGCCCUGCCCUGCCCACACCAGACACACCUCACCUGCCGCCAGCAGCAGGACCUGCAAGGCGCCACGUGGCCCAGACCUAGUCCUGGCCCGGCUGACCCUGCCAACGGUGACCCCCAGCCCCAGAGCUGAAUGCUGCCCUUCGGCCUCCCUCUGCCGGCCUCCAUCCCAGGAUCCACAGGACGUGGCUGCGACCCGAGUCUCGCUGUCACAGUCGGCCGUGCCAAUCCUGUUUUGGCCCAUUGGCCCUAUGCAGAGGGUCCCCCUGCACCCCUCCAGGGUGGGGUUGUGAACGUGGAGGGGGAUCCUGACCGCAGCCAAGGAAGGCCCCCCUGGUCCAGGGGGGACCUUGCUCUUUCACCUUCCUCAGGGAUCCUGACCCCAGUACCCUGUGGGGCAAGUUGGUGCCUCGCAGCUGCCCCGCCGACCCUCCUCCCCUGGCUCGGGUGUGGCCUACCGCGAGGGGCCUGCGUAUGCGGGUGUAGACUGCCACCUCACCGCACCCUCCCGCCCCUGCCCGAAGGCUUGCGUAGCCGCCUUCCGUAGAGGGGGCUUUUCACGUCUCUGCGGGGAUUGUGAUGCCGAAGUUGCACCGUUGUAAGACUUGGGAAAUUAUGAAGAAGAGUUUUAGAAUAAAGGAACAGGCAUUUUUGGUUU